CUCGAAAUCACAGUGAGGGCACAACUCUCCUCACAGCCUUCCAGCAGCUGCUUCCCUUUGGGAAGGAGCUUUCCCUGCAAUUCCUGCAGGCUCUGCUUCCAGCAGGUUAUUUCCUGAAAGGAAAGGGCUCAUCUUCCUUUGGUGCUGUGGAUUUUGUCCCCCCAACCUGAUUGUCAUGGAAUGCUAGAAUGGAUUGGGUGGGAAGGGACCUUAAAGCCCAUCCAGUUCCAACCCCAACACCUUCCACUAUCCCAGGUUACUCUGGCCUGGAUUUGAACACUUCAGGGAUGAGGCAGCCACAAUUUCCCUGGGAAAUCUGUUCCAGCACCUUUCCACUCUCACAGGGAAGGAUUUCUUCCCAGUAUCGCAUUUAACCCACCCUCUGGCAGUGGGAAGCCAUUCCUCCAUGUCUUGUCACUCCAGACCCUUUUCCUAAGUCCCUUUCCAGCUCUCUUGGAGCCCCUUUAGACCCCUCUUUUCCCUGAAGCUUUCUCCAGGCUCAGCCAUCCCAGCAAAUUCCUCAGACCAGCUUCAGGACACCCUGUGUGGAUGUCACCACAUACCCCCUUCUCCCUGCGAGGCGAGAACAAUUCCCAGAUUGUGUGGAAUCAACUCGGGAAUAGAAAGAGCUUCAUUUAAAGCUCUUCAGAACAGCUGGAAGGGGCCCGAUGGAGUCAGAUCCAAGGCGGAAUUGAUGAUUUCCGGCAAGUCCAGCGAUUCCCACGCCGUCCUUCCCUUUGCCGAGUGGGAUUUUCCAUGGCUACACGAAGAGUUGGUUGUUCCUUUCUGAGCUUGUGAUGCCUGUCUCCGUGGAAUUGCACUUUUCCUGGGAAACCCUGCCGGGAGAGGAGGAUGCUCAGCGGCUGGACCACAUGCCAUGAGGUGAGUGUCACGCCUACUGAACUUCCCAGGACCCGCCAGCCAUGCCAGGGAUUGUCGUGUUCCGCCGCCGCUGGUCCGUGGGCAGCGAUGACCUGGUUCUGCCAGCCGUCUUCCUCUUCCUCCUGCACACCACCUGGUUUGUGAUCCUGUCCGUGGUACUCUUCGGGCUGGUGUACAACCCCAAUGAGACCUGCUCCCUGAACUUGGUGGACCACGGCCGGGGCUACCUGGGCAUCCUGCUGAGCUGCAUGAUCGCCGAGCUGGCCAUCAUCUGGCUCAGCAUGCGUGGCAGCAUCCUGUACACCGAGCCACGCGACUCCAUGCAGUACGUGCUCUACGUCCGCCUGGCUAUCCUGGUGAUUGAGUUCGUCUAUGCCAUCGUGGGAAUCGUGUGGCUGACCCAGUACUACACCUCCUGCAAUGACAUCAUGGCCAAGAGCGUCACUCUGGGAAUGGUGGUGUGUAACUGGGUGGUGAUCCUGAGCGUGUGCAUCACCGUGCUCUGUGUCUUUGACCCCACGGGCAGGACCUUCGUCAAACUGCGGGCCACGAAGCGCCGGCAGCGCAACCUGCGCACCUACAACCUGAGACACCGGCUGGAGGAAGGCCAGGCCAGCAGCUGGACAAGGAGGCUCAAAGUGUUCCUUUGCUGCACGAGGACAAAGGACUCGCAGUCGGAUGCCUAUUCUGAGAUCGCCUACCUUUUUGCGGAGUUUUUCCGGGAUCUGGACAUCGUGCCCUCCGAUAUCAUUGCCGGGCUGGUGCUCCUGAGGCAGCGGCAGCGGGCCAAGCGCAACGCCGUCCUGGAUGAGGCAAACAAUGACAUUCUGGCUUUCCUGUCUGGAAUGCCAGUGACCAGGAACACCAAGUACCUGGACCUGAAGAACGCGCAAGAAAUGCAGCGGUACCGGGAGGUGUGUUACUACAUGCUCUUCGCACUGGCUGCCUACGGAUGGCCCAUUUACCUGAUGCGGAAGCCUACGUGUGGACUGUGUCGCCUGGCCAGAUCCUGCUCAUGUUGCUGCCUGUGUCCCUCCCGGCCCCGCUAUGCUCCGGGCGUGACCAUUGAGGAGGACAAUUGCUGUGGGUGCAACGCCAUCGCCAUCCGGCGCCACUUCCUGGAUGAGAACAUGACCUCGGUGGACAUUGUCUACACUUCCUGCCACGAUGCUGUUUAUGAAACCCCUUUCUACGUGGCCGUGGACCACGACAAGAAGAAGGUGGUGAUCAGCAUCCGAGGAACGCUGUCUCCAAAAGAUGCCCUGACAGAUCUGACGGGGGAUGCCGAACGCCUGCCGGUUGAGGGGCACCAUGGAACAUGGCUGGGACACAAGGGAAUGGUGCUCUCUGCUGAGUACAUCAAGAAGAAGCUGGAGCAGGAAAUGGUGCUUUCCCAAGCUUUCGGACGUGACUUGGGCAGAGGGACAAAACACUAUGGAUUGAUUGUGGUUGGCCAUUCCCUGGGAGCUGGAACUGCUGCUAUCCUGUCCUUCCUGCUGCGCCCCCAGUAUCCCUCCCUGAAGUGCUUUGCCUAUUCCCCCCCAGGUGGGCUACUCAGGUGCAAAUCCCGAAAGCCUGGAAGUAGCUUGGAUUGGGGUUUUGUGCCCCUGGUUCUCUGCCACCGAACUGGGAAUGAAACACUGUUUGCUUCUUCCUGGUCCUGUUUCUCUUCCAGUGAGGAUGCCAUGGAGUAUUCCAAGGAGUUUGUGACUGCAGUGGUGCUUGGGAAGGAUCUGGUGCCCAGGAUUGGGCUCUCCCAGCUGGAGGGAUUUCGCCGGCAGCUCUUGGAUGUUCUCCAAAGAAGCACCAAACCAAAGUGGCGGAUCAUCGUGGGGGCCACCAAGUGCAUCCCCAAAUCAGAGCUUCCCGAGGAGACGGAGGAGAGCUCGGUGCCGAGCAACCGGCUGUGGGCGCACCCCAGCGACCUGACCAUCGCCCUGUCUGCCAGCACCCCCCUGUACCCACCAGGCCGCAUCAUCCAUGUGGUACACAACCACCCUGCCGAGCAGUGCUGCUGCUGUGAACAGGAGGAUCCCACGUAUUUUGCCAUCUGGGGGGACAACAAGGCCUUCAACGAGGUGAUCAUCUCCCCAGCCAUGCUCCACGAACACCUUCCAUAUGUAGUCAUGGAGGGGCUCAACAAGGUCUUGGAAAACUACAACAAGGGGAAAACCGCUUUGCUUUCCGCAGCCAAAGUGAUGGUGAGUCCAACAGAAGUAGAUCUCACUCCGGAGCUGAUAUUCCAGAACCAGCCCUUGCCCAGCGGCCCUUCCAUUCAGGUCGGAACUGGAGCCAUCCCAGCAGAGAGGAGGAACAGCAGCACCAAGAGCAAAUCCCACUCGGAGAUCAGCCUGGAGGGCUUUUAUGAGACGAAGCCCCUUUCCCCAGUGCAGAAGGACCCGGUGGAGCUGCUGCUCCUGGACACCAAGGAACGCCUUUCCGUGGAGCUGCAGGACCGCCGGGCUCCUCUGGCCACCAUGGAGAGCCUCUCGGACAACGAAUCCAUCUACAGCUUUGACUCCCGGCGCUCCUCUGGCUUCCGCAGCAUCCGGGGCUCUCCCAGCCUCCACGCCGUCAUGGAGAAGGACGAGACACACUGCUUUUAUAUCGAUCCCAUCAUCCCCGAGGAGAACCCUUCCCUCAGCUCCCGGACCGAGCUGCUGGCUGCCGACAGCCUCUCCAAGCAUUCCCAGGAGACUCAGCCCCCAGAGAACGUCCUCAACAGCGGGGGAAGCACCCCCCAGCGGCGCUGCAGUGCCGAGGGCGCCGGGAGUGAUGGGGAGCGUGGCUCCUCGUCCCCCCGGGAAGAGCCGGCGCUGCACAAUGGCCGCCUGGCUGACGUCCCCAGCCCCCAGGUACUGGAAUUCGCUGAGUUCAUCGACAGCCUCUUCAACCUGGACAGCAAGAGCAGCUCCUUCCAGGACAUCUACUGCAUGAUGGUGUCGGACAGCUCCAGUGACUUCGCAGAGCUUCCCAAAUCUGUGAGCGACCAGGAGAUCCUGCUGAGGGCGCAGUACGAGCCCAACUUGGUCCCGAAGCCGCCGAGGUUGUUCGCGGGAUCGACAGAUCCUUCGUCGGGCAUCUCUGUGUCGCCCUCCUUCCCCCUCAGCUCGUCUGGAGAACUCAUGGACAUCACUCCCACGGGCGUGAGCAGCCAGGAAUGCCUGGCCACGGACAAAAUCCGGACUUCCACCCCCUCCGAACAUGUAACCAGCCCUGCCAAGCAGGACGACCUCAUGAUUUCGGCCCUUUAGUGCUUGGGAAAAGGGGUGGAAUGAUCUGGGGGGAUAAUCCAUGGAGGAGAGGAGCGGUCAGGAUCAGAGGAGACGGCUGGAAACAUCCCUUCCAGGGUGGCACAGCGGUGCCUGGAGGAUGGAUUGUGCUGGAAUGCUGUGCUUGGCGCUUGGGAGAGGCUUUACCCUGUGGGGCCUAAGAGGGUCUGAGGCACUAAAAUUCCCUACCUCAGCCUGGCUCUCAUUCCAAAGGCAGAUUCCUUGCCCCAGGGCACCUACUGCGUUUGGGGAGCGAGACCCCCUGCUCUGGGAAUCCUGCGGGGUGGAUUCCCUGAAACUCAAGGAUGGAGAGUUGGGAGCAGGAGGGGGGCUGGGAUGGAUCCCCCCCUCCAGACCGGAGCCGCUGGUUUGGGGAAUGAGCGGAUUGAGACUUUGGGCCCAAUUGCACUACCACAGAUCCGGCUCAAGCUCCAAUCUGGCCACUUCCAUGGGGGUUGCUUUUGUAGGACACUCCAGUUUUAAAGCCAUUGGGGCUGUAUCCCCUCCAAAUUCAGCCUCCCAUUCCCGACUGGGCGCAGCAGGAACGGAGCUGGCACCGUGUUUCCUCUCCCCCGAGUGUUCCUGAGGGAAGGAUGCUGUUCCCAAGAGCCAAAUCCCUCUGCCACAUCCAAGUUCUCUUGGAUCUCACCACCAUCACUCCUGGAUUCUCCGGACCCCUCUGAGCUAACAACAUUCCUGCGGGACUGCCAGGAUUCUCAUCUCAAAGCUGCGUGGAGGCAUUGACUGGAAAACUGACCCAGCAUUGUUUUCCGAGGCUCUGUGGAAUCUGGGAGCCUUUCCUGGAUCCCCUUGGGUCCUCACACCGCCCAUAUGCAGUAACCAUGGAUUGGUGGCAGCCUGUUGUUGGGAAUUCAGGGAAAAGAUGGACUUUUUUUUCCAAGUGUUGAAACCUUUUGUAUGUUUACAGAGCUGCUGUUUGGAAGGUAUUUAUUAAGGAAACAGAGAGGUUUUCUCAAAGGAAAAGCCUGGCCAUCCUCUCCUCCCCAUGCCUUUCCCGCUGGGGACUGAGGGAAGAGAGGGUGGGCAGGCAGAAUUCCAAGUUCCCUGCUUUCCAAGUGGCUGGGAUGUGGGGGGAGCUGCCUGCAUCCCUCUCUCUGCUCCCCUGCACAAGCGCAUGGAGUAAAGCUGGAGGAAGUGGUGAGGAAAAUCUUCCUGAACCUGCUCAGCCACUCCAGGCAGGUUUUCCAAGGAUGGAAGCAGCAGGAAAACUACCUAUUUAGGGAAUGAAACCCUUUUGUGACCUGGAAAAGGCCCUUUGUUGGCAAAUCAAAGCUCAGCACUUCCUGAUGGGUCUCCCUGGAGUUCUAUCCUCCCUCCCUGGAAAAGAAAGUCCCACUUUAACUUCCUUAGAAUCCUUUUGUUGCUCCCUUUCCCCCUCCUUAGCUGGGAUAUUUCCAUUGUGGGAGGAUGCUCUGCUUCCCAGGAGCUGGCAAAUCCCUGGGCUCCCUGUGGUGUCCAGAAGCCUUGGGAUGGGCCUUCCUUUGGGAAUAACUGACAUACAACAGGAGCGCUUUAUAAGCGAUGUGCACUGGUGGAAGUAGCACCAGGUGCACAGAAUUUCACUGGAAUCUGUGUCCAAGUGCUGAUAUCCCCCUCACUUGAUCAUAGGAUACGCAUUCCCUGCUCCUUACCCAUUCCAGAGCCUUCCAAAGUGCUUUCAGUGGGAAGUUAAAAUGUUAUCUCUGUGGUUUAAGGUUCCAAAGGGGACCUUUCCCUGUGUGGAACUGGAGCAGAGGAAGCCCUUCUGGAUUCAGAGGGAUGUGUAGAAGGAAAAACCCUUUUGUUCCAAGCAACCAGAAGUUCCUUUUGUUUUUGUAGGUCCUGUAAAAAGGAGCAGGUUCGGGAGCUCAGCACAACACAGGCCCAAUUCUUGCCCUCAGGGAGCACUACCAAGGUGAUUUUUCAGGAAUACGCACAAAAAUCUGGGAAGUUUGGAGGAGAAGAGGGGAGCUGAGGGGCAGAGGGAGGCAGGGCUAGCAGGCUAGCUCACUUCCCAGCCCAGGAAUAAGGAGCUCAUUCCCGCCCUUAAUCCCGGCAGGAAUUAACUCUUAGCACUAAGGCAGAGCUUUGGAUCUGCAAAGCACUUUAAAACAUUGAGGAAAGGGUCAUCUCCAUCCCUGGGAGCCACAGGGACCCCUGGGAUCAGGCGGGAUUCCUGGGGAGGAGGUGCCUCUGGCUGAGGCAGGUGGGAUAUUUCCCUCCUAAACGAUUCCAGUUGGGAUCUGCUGGUGUUUAAUGGCUCAGAUGUUGCACUAGAAAGUCACUUCCCACCUGUGUCCUGGAAAACUCCAUCCUUGGCUGAGUGUUCCUUUCUCUGUGCCAUUGGAACUGUAUCCCAUGGGAACAGGGUUCCCUUGCCCUGACUGGAAGCAGCCAGGAAUGCUGCACUAAAAGCCUGGAAAUCCCUAAUUCCUGGGAGCUGGGCUUACCGUGGAUCAAGGAGUAAAGGUGGAAAGGAAUCCCUUGAAGGUUCAGACUGGACCGAAUCGGAGACAAUUCCUGGGCUUUGGUGUUCCCUCUUGACAAGCAGAUCUAAUCUCAGUGCUCCCAAACGAAAUCCCUACUCUUGAAAUCGGUUGGGCUUUAAAUCUCUUUCUGUCUUGAUCCCCAUCCCUGGAUCUUGAUCCCCAUCAUUCCAAACCUCAAUUCCCAUCGCUCCUUUGCUCUGAGGGUAUUUGGAAAGGCUAAUCUCUUAUUCCCUCCUGGAAAAACCCUUCUGGAAUGCUGGAAUAACUGCUAAACCAACAGCUACCUUCUGCAUCUGUACUGGUCACGCUUCCUACUUUCUCUGCCCGCUCUUUCUUUGGAAAUGUGAAGCUUCUCCAGAUUUUUCUUGGCUUCUGCUUCCUCCCCUUAAGCUUUGUGCCUUCCAGUCUUCCCAGGAUAUUCCAACAGGAUGGUCCACCCUGCGCUGAGGCAGCGCUGGAAGUGCCUGGCAUCCCAAAUCCUGGCCGGCCAGUUCUGUAUCACAGCCUCAAAAUCCGUUGGGAUCCCUCUUCCCAGCGCUGGAUGGCCUUUAAAGGCCCUUUCCUGCGCAAAGUAUUCCAAGAGUUUCGUGGGAGGGGAACGGAGCGUCUGCAUCCAUAAUAAUGGAUUUAAUUGUGGCUUUGCCUGCAUCAGUGCCAGGAAUUUUGGGAAGGAUGUGCUGUGACCGAUUGACAAGCCCUCCUCCAGCAUUUAUCAUUAUUCCCUCUCCUUCUCCACUUGGAAUAUUGAAUUCCUCCUAAAACUUCCACUUCCCUCUUUUCUUUGCUCCCUGUUCCUCUCACCUCAUCCCUCCUCUUAUCCCACAUCCUUGAUAGCUCCACUUGAACAGGGAAAACUCUUCCCGGCAAUCUCAGGAUGAUCUGAAGCAGUUCAAUGGAAUUCCAGGAAUUUUUGAAGACCUUUUUUCCCCCAAGGAAAACAGGAUUUUUAGGAGAUGUUUUGCUCUCUCUGGAGGACUGGGAUGGCAAAGCUGGUGGUGAGUGUGGAUGUAUAAAAUCCCGUGAUUCCCAUUUCCAUUCUUUUGGGAUAUUGUUGCUUCAAUUUCAGGAGUAGUUGAUGGUCCCCAGAGGGAUUUAGGUGGGAAAUCUUUGUCCAAGGGCACAUAAAGAGGGAAGAUUCCAGGAGCAAGGAUACAGGAUCGGUAUCUAAUAUAGUCCUUAAGCACUUGGAUGUUUUCCCAACUUUUUUUUCCUCUUUUCCUGCAGGCAGAUAUAAUAUUUCCACAGAAUCCCCUAGACUGGAUUUACUAACUGGGACAUAGGAAUAACCGGGAUUAUCCCUGGAAAUGGGAAUUAAGUGGGAAUAGUCGUUGCUGUGUUCAGGUUUGUAUCCCAGAAGCUCCAUAGGGUUGGAUUUCCAUGUUUGCCUUGGGAAUUGCUGGGCUGGAGCUCUGCUGGUUGCUGGGUUUAUCCAUAUCCAAUCUGGAAUAUCAUUCCCUUGGCAGUAGAACAUUCCAGCUUUGCAGGAUGGCAGGAACAUUUCAUUCCCAUGUUUUUUUAGGGAUGGGGGUUGUAACUGCAUCCUUUGGGGAACGUGCAAACGUUCCCAGGGAGGUUGUGGACUCCCCAUCCCUGGCAUUGUUCCAGGCCAGCUUGGGUAGGACUCGGAGCAACCUGGAAUAGUGGAAGAUGUCCCUGCCCAUGGGACUGGAUGGGCUUUAAAUCCCUUCCCACCCAAAUCAUUCUGGGAUUCUGGAAUUCCAGUGUUUCUGCUGCCUCUUUAGGCAGGAAAGGGAGUGUUGGAAUUCCAGCAGUUGCUCUGAUGACAGAUAUCUCUGGAGGCAGGAAUUGGAAAGCUCUGGCUGGAUCGGGCUCGUUGCACAUUCCCAGAGCCUGUACAGGGCUGAUUUUAGGGAAGAGCCACUGGAUUUUGGGAAGAGCCACAUUGCCUGUGCCAAAGCUCCUCCUCACAGUGCUGCUGCGAUGCUCGGAGGAACCUGUGGGAGGCAAACAUUCCCAGUCCUCGGGAAUCCAGCUGGGAUUCCUGUGGGAGUUCUUGCUUUCCACUGGGACCCGUAGUGGGGUUAUGGAUGGGAAGUGAGAUGGAUCAGGAGCCACUGAUGUCCUUCCCCCUCUUCCAGCACCCAAGGAGCUGCUUAAGGGCUGGAAAUUCCAGAUAUCCAAGGAUUAGAGCAAUUCCUUGCUUUGUCCCAGGGACUUGCAAUCCUAAAAAUCAGCAGCUGUCUCCAGUCCCAUUGUUUUCCUCCUUGUUUAUUGAAUCCGUACUUCUUGUGCCUUUGUUUUCUGUGGCUUCUGGUCCUGGCCUCCUGCCUGGCACCAAAUUUUUGGGAUCAGACAUCUCCUGCUUCCUUUCCCACUUCUCUGGGUCUAUGGAUUUGUGGCCGCAGAGCUGCCUUUGCUUCCAAGCCCUCCCAUUCUCCCUCAGCUGGGAAUUCCCACUUCUUCCUGCUUUUCCCUGCUGCCUCAGGUUGUAUCCAAGUGCCAAAAGCAAAUCCUGACCCGGGGCAGGUGGUUCUGUCACCCCUGGCUGGAACAACCACCUUCCAAGGGGAACCUGCCUGGGAAUUUUCCCUGCUUUCCUUGCUGUGUCCUCACCAUGUCCUGACAUUCCCACCUUCCCAGACACCUGUGGGAUGAAGGGAAUCUCCACCUUGAUUCCUGCAAACCCUUAAACAUGGAGCAGCCCAGGAACAAGCCCCCGAUGCUGGUUUUUGUUGGGAUUCUGCUUCCCUGCUUUCCAUCCUGGGAUUUGUGCAGUUCCCAUGGCUCAGACUCGGAGGUCCUGGAGCACCGGGAGGAGGUGGCUCAGCCCUGCCCUGAUAUCCUGGUUUUGGGAAGUUCAGGGAUCACGUCAGGCUGUUUUUCCUUGGGCACAGCCACAGCUGUGGGGCUGAACUCCUUCCCUGGAAUGUUCCCGGCGCUCGCUGGGAUGAGUGGCCUCACCUGCAGCUCCAGCUUCCCACUUUUCCCUCCCCCAGUCAGCUGAGUGAUGUCCAGGGAAUACUCUCCAGCUCCUGUCCUAGUGAUGACCAGAAUUCCUAAUGGCACAGGGAUUUUUGGGAUGGUCUGUGCCUCCCUUGCUGCGUCCACAGAGCAGCAGGAAUGUUGUGCCCUGCUCCGCCUCUGGAAAGGCCUUUUCUCUUGCUGUGCCCUGUGUCCCAUCCCAAGCUGGGGCAGCUCAGAGCAGGAAAACCAUGGAUUCAUUAACUCCUCGCCUCAAACCGCCUCUGGGUAGAGCUGAAGCCUUUGGAAUUUUUGGGAGAACUCUGAGCUGCUCCGAGUGUUUCCCACAGGGCUCGGAGCACUGGGAUAUGCCCUGGGGAGGGGAGGGGGGCACAACCCAGCUUCCUGCAUCCCUCUGCUCAUCCCGGGAAUGCUGCCUUCCAAAUCCCUGCUCCCAGCUGCCCCAGCAUGAAGAUUCCAAGGAAACUCAAGCACUUCUUCACGUGCCAUUCCUUCUCCAUGGAACUCUUUUUGUACGGAUGGAUGGAAGAUCAGAACUCAUCCUGCUGUAAAGAUCAGGCUCCAGAAUUACAACCUUAUUCCAUAAAGAUGGAUGUAUAUAAAUUUUCUGUAUAUUCUAUGGCACUGUGUAUAAAAUGGAUGUUGGAAGCA